AUGCCAGAUGGUGACCUGUUUGCUGUUUGGGCACCCGUGCCGGGCCUCUCCAGUGGUAUUAUUGCUGCAUUUGGCGCCAUCAUUCACGGCGAGAUGGCCCAUGAACUUCGUUUCCGGUGGCCCUCCUGUAAAAGCCGGAAUGAAGACGGGCAUUCGCCGCUAGAGAAGCUAACAGAUUUAUUAAGACUAGCCCGAGAUGGCUUCUCACCGAGUUCAGAGAAUAGGAGAUCGAAGUCAUGGAAUAAGAAUGCCAAAAGGAAGCUAAGGUUCCGAAUAAGCUACAAAUUAGGAAAAAGCAACAAACCUACCGUGAUAACCAUCGCCAUUGCUGUUCCUAUUGGAGGUGUUAUGGUACUUCUCUUUCUCACUAGUUGUUGGCUUCGAAGAAAAGGAAAGAAGACGCAUGAAGUCAUCACAGCAAUAAACGGUGCAAAUGAACUUACCACCAUGGAGUCCUUGCAAUUUGAUUUGGCUACAAUGCAAUACGCGACAAAUGAUUUCUCUCCUGAAAAGAAAUUGGGUGAAGGUGGAUUUGGUGAAGUUUUCCAGGGUAGACUUCCUAAUGGACAAGAAAUCGCGGUGAAGAGGCUAUCUCAAAGCUCAAGACAGGGUGAUGAAGAAUUCAAGAAUGAAGUUUUAUUAGUUGCCAAGCUUCAACACAGAAAUCUUGUACGAUUGCUUGGAUUUUGCCUAGAAGGAGCUGAAAAGCUAUUGGCCUACGAGUUUGUGUCAAAUAAAAGCCUUGAUUACUUCUUAUUUGAUCUCGAAAAAAGGAGACAAUUGGAUUGGCCCAUACGUUAUAAAAUAAUAUCCGGAAUCGCUCGAGGAAUGCUUUAUCUGCAUGAAGAUUCUCGACUUCGGAUCAUCCAUCGUGACCUAAAAUGUAGCAAUAUCUUGUUGGACAAUGAAAUGAACCCAAAGAUUUCAGAUUUUGGCAUGGCAAGGAUUUUUGGAGUCAAUCAAAAUCAAGCUAGCACAAAUAAAAUUGUGGGAACUUUUGGUUACAUGUCUCCGGAAUAUGCAAUGCAUGGAGAGUUCUCAGUGAAAUCCGGCGUUUAUAGUUUCGGCAUACUGCUUCUAGAGAUCAUUUGCGGCAAGAAGAAUAACUUCUAUCCCCAAUUGGACAGGGGUGAAUAUCUUGCUACUUAUGUGUGGAAUCGGUGGAGCGACAGCAGGCCCUUGGAAGUGUUGGACCCGACUAUAGAGGAUUCAUAUUCAAGAGACGAAGUACUUCGAUGCCUACACAUGUGCUUACUAUGCAUUCAAGAAGAUCCGGCUAUUAGACCCACUAUGGCAACCGUAGUUUUCAUGCUCAAUAGCAAUUCCAUUAACCUACCUUUGCCUCAACAUCCAGCCUUCUUCAUCCAAAGUAGUUUGCGGGGACAGAGAGUCCCAAUGGAAGAGCUUGAAUUGGAGCAAUCCACCAGGAGGACUAUGCCUUUAUCAACUAAUGGCAUGUCGAUUACCGAAUUAUACCCCCGGUGAUUGCUGGUGUGAUGGAACUCUUUCUUCAUGGAUGGUCUUGCAAUGAGAAUGCUUGGCCUUCAGCUGAGAUUUUUCAUUAACAAAAAGCAAAAAUCAAUGUAUUUGGAGAAUAAGCUCUACGGCAAUCAUGUGCUAAAAGAGAGGAAUCCCUACAAGCAAUCCAUAAUAGCUAUUGAUUCUUCUAAGGUUUUCUUACUA